AUGGAGAACGGUGGCGCCAUGUUGUUCAGCGACGAUGAGGUAAGAGACAUGACUGGAUUCAAACGGUGCGAUGAUUACGUGGAGGUGACUUGUGGGUGCACCAGCCAUACCUAUGGCGACGCUGUUGGAACGCUUAGGGUUUUCGCUUCGGGUGAUCUUGAAAUCCACUGUGAAUGCACUCCUGGUUGCCAAGAAGACAAAUUGACACCCGCUGCAUUUGAGAAGCAUUCUGGACGAGAAACUGCCAGGAAAUGGAAGAACAAUAUUUGGGUCAUUGUUGAUGGCGAGAAAGUUCCAAUAUUUAAAACUGCACUGCUCAAAUAUUACAAUAAAGCAUUGAAAAAUGCCAAUGGAUCUCACCGGUCCCAAACUGGGAAACCUUGUCACCGCGAUGAGCUUAUUCGAUGCAGUCAGUGCAACAAAUUGCGCAGGUUCCGUCUCCGCUCCAAGGAGGAAUGCCGGAUUUACCAUGACAUUUUGUUAAAUUCGAAUUGGAAGUGCUCAGAUAUGCCUUAUGACAAAAUUACAUGUGAUGAUGAUGAAGAACGAGCAAGCCGCAGAGUGUACAGGGGCUGCACACGCUCUCCAACAUGCAAAGGAUGCACUACCUGUGUGUGUUUUGGAUGUGAAAUUUGCCGUUUCACUGACUGCAGCUGCCAAACCUGCUCAGACUUUACGAAGAAUGCUAAGGAGGCUUAA